AUGCCCGAAGAUACUAAAACAGGAGAUCUUGUUGCUCGUCUUCAAAUAACUGGAACAACAUCAGAAAUAUCAACUCGAUUAGUUUAUAAUAGUUCAGAAGUGAAAACAAAUGGAACAGAUUAUUUUACAUUAAAUUUUACAAGUCUUUAUUUACGUUCAUCUCUUGAUUAUGAAUGGUGGUCAUCAAAUAAUUAUCCAAAUCCAUUUCGUUUUAUUGUUGAAUGUACAGUUUUAUCUGAUCAAUCAACUCGUUAUAUUGAUUUUCAACUUGAUUUAAUUGAUGUUAAUGAUAAUCCACCAAUAUUUAAUCAAUCAAUAUAUCAAAUAAAUAUAACUGAAACAACACCAGUUAAUACAAUUGUAUCAACAACAAUAUCCGCAUAUGAUUUAGAUUCUGGUGUAUUUGGAUUAUUUUCAUAUUAUUUAUUAAAUACUUCAUCUCCGUACAGUUCUUAUUUCCAAUUAGUAAGUCCAAAAAAUGCUAGUUUACUUCUACUUAAACCACUUGAUUAUAAUUCGAUGACACCAAAUUUUAAUCUAACAAUUUCUGCACAAGAUGAUGCAAAUUCUUCACUUAGUUCUCAAGCAAUUCUUUCUAUACAUAUUAUUGAUGUUGAUACAUUAAAUCCAGCAUUUCUCUCCACAUCAUAUAAUCUUAAUAUUUCAAUAAAUACAACUGCUGGUUCGGAAGUCAUACCGACACAAGGACGAAUAUUUGCAUAUGAUCAAGAUUUGGGCAUUAAUGCAACAGUUAUUUAUUCUAUAUUAACAUCAAAUCCUUACUUAUCAAUCAAUAAUUUUACUGGUGUUUUAACUCUACAAAGAGAGUUUAAUACAACAAUGCUAUUCGAUCUUUUAAUUAAAGCUGAACAAUUAGAUAAUUAUAAUCGAUCAGUAACAACCAUUUUACAGGUCAAUGUAUAUGAAAUCAAUUUAUACCCUCCAACUUUUGUUAAUUUACCAUAUACAAUGAUUGGUUAUACAUCAUAUAAUAUUGACCAAAUACCAGUAUUCAAUGGAAGUAUUAGUGAUAAUGAUACGGCACCAAGAGAAAACUAUGGUUAUUCAUGUGAUUCUUCAUUACUUUAUUUAAAUAUAAAGAAAACUAGUCUUCGCACUUUUCAAAUUCGACCAAUUUAUUUCCAAACUCUUCCCGUAUGUCAACCUUGUCUUUGUACUCUCAAUGUAUCCGAUGGGCUUUAUUCAUCCCAAACAACACUUGUCGUACUUCUAUAUACACCAAUUUCAUUUGUAUUAAAUUCUUAUUUUUUCUCCGCUGAUUAUCCACUUAGUGAUCCAUCAAUUAUCAUUGGUUAUGUUCAGAUUGUCACUGAUAAUCAUUGUUCAGUGCAAUAUUUUCUUAGUGGUAAUUCAAGUUCUUUAUUUACUAUUUCUCAAUUUGGUAAUUUAACAUGGUCAAAUCCAUCCAUUUCACCAACACAAGAAAUAUAUCAAUUAGAAGUUCUCAUUCGACAAAAUUGUUCAUCAUUAAUUAUGAAUAUAUCUACGGAUAUUAUUGUAAAAAUUCUAAAUUUUCCUUCGUCAACUAUUACAUCAACAAUGAGUACAUCAAAAAUUGAUAAUGGUACAUUAUAUGCUAUUAUAGCAGGUGUUGGUGCAUUCAUAUUAAUUAUAAUUGCAAUUUUAUUUAUUAUUAUUUAUUACAAUGUUCAACGUGCUAAACAACGUGUUCCACCGUUUUUUAAAAUACGUAAACAUCCUCCAGCUCAAGGUUUAACAUUUUUUAAAUCAAAAAGUCCAUUAAAUGAUUCAUCACCGUAUACAUUAGGUGUACGUGAUGAUGAUUCAUCGAAUAGUAGUAGUGAUCAAACAUCAUCAUCACCAAUAAAUAAUCGUUUAUUAUCUGGACGUUAUAAAGUUAAUGAAUUACCAGUUAAUACAACAAUUGAAGAAUUAUUAUCUUCAUAUGAUAAUCGUUCAACAAGUAGUUCAUCAAGUUCAUCAGGUGUAGGUGAUCAUGGUAUAGCAGCAAAUACAGGUUCAUUUCGUACAAUAAUACGUGAAACAAAUGAUCAUCAAACAUUAGAUACAAUUAAUGAAGAUAGACAAUGGGUUAAUAGUAAUCAACAUCAAGAUCAACGACGUUCAAAUAGUUUAAGACGUCCAAUAAUACCUGAAGAUGUUAUGGAUAUUAUAUCGGAAUCUCAUGAGGUAGAUUAUAGACUAAGACAAAAUACUAAUGCUUGUUUGACUUGCUUAAAUUCUAAUUCUGCUAAUACUGUGUGUUCUCAUACUUGUUCAUUAUUAUCGAGCAUAUCAACUCACUCAUUGUUAUCUUCCUCUUCCUCCUCAUCCUCAGGUUCGACAACCACUGUUGCUGCUUGUCAACAACAAACAACAACUACAACAACAACAGUUGAAGUAGGACCUAACAGCUUAAGUAGUUAUGAUUAUGCUCGAUUCAGUCCUAUUGCUUCUACUCGUUGCUAA